AUGAAGACCCCUGUCGAUGGAACUAAGUCCACCCGUUGGGAUGAACUUUGUUCCAUUGUGAAGAUUGUUCUCGAAAUCGGUACUAUAUUUGAUACGAACGGAGUCGAUCUUUACUUUCUCAAUCGACCAGCUUUCCUCAGAAUCAAGGAUCCCAGAGACGUCGAGCGGGCAUUCACUAAUCCUCCAAGUGGUUUCACUGCGCUCGCACCUGCUUUGCGGGAUAUCCUUCAGUUACCAGCAGCCCGUCCUGGCUACGAUAAAAAACUAUUGAUAUUUAUUGCGACCGAUGGAGCACCAACUGACGAUAACGGCGACCCCGAUCUGGCUGAAUUUGAGCGUGUCAUGCGCGAAGAACGUAAAUCGGAUACCACUCAUGUGAUGUUUCUACUCUGCACCGACGACGAAACUUGCGUUAACUACUUGAAUGAAUGGGAUCUGACGAUGAAGCAUGUGGAUGUGACGGAUGAUUUUCGAACAGAAAGAGAGAAAGUCCAUAGAUAUCGUGGAUCUGACUACCAGUUCUCGCUUGGCGAUUACAUUGUCAAAGCACUAAUCGGCGCUGUCGAUCGACAAAUGGAUGAAAUCAACGAACCCGAUCGAGCGAACAAUGAUGAUGACCAAUAA